CUGGCACCGCGAGCUCGGGAGGGACGUGCCCCACGGCGGCUACGACUGCGCCGGCCUGGGCGUGCUGGAGAGGGACGUGCAGGCCCAGCUGGCUCGCGAGGAGGGCCGGUGCCGGGACGUGGUCCAGAAGACGCUGCGCCUGAUGGAGGCGGCCCCCGGCACCGGCCUGCCCGCCGUGGGGCUCUUCUCCGCGGGCGACCCCUGCGGCGACGGCUUCGACCGGGACACCGGGCUCUCGCUCUUUGGUGCCCUCGUGCACAGCCGCACGUGGGACAUGGACGUGCGGCUCGACCUGCCCCCGGUGCCCGCCGGCGCGGCCCUCUCGGCACUGGCCGUCAAGGUUCCUCGGAGCGUGGACCAGUCGGAGGACGAGGGCUUCCAGUCAGCGUCCAACCUGACUCCCGACUCGCAGUCCGAGCUGGGCCUGAGCCCGGACGUGGACCUGUGGGACGCGGCGCUCACCUACCAGGCCAGCAGGCGCCGGCGCUGGGAGCAGGUUGGCUGCCCCCCAGGCCACAGAGAAGAGCCCUACCUCACCGAGGCGGGCAGGGGCGCCUUCGACAGGUUCUGCAGGCUGCGCCAGGGGGAGCUGCAGGUGCUCGGCGGCGGCGGCCUGCUGCAGACGCCGCAGCCCGUGCAGCUGAGGGAGCGUGAGCUGGUGAAGGACGCGCUCAACGUCCUGAUCGGGGUCGUGUCCAGCACGUUCUCCUGCUGCCAGUUCUCCCCGCUGGGCUGUGCCGCUGCCCUGGACAGCUGUCGGACUGUGUCGGCCUCGGCCCGGGCCAGGCCCACGGCUGCCCGGGCUCCUCAGGCUGCUUUCGUGGCCGGUUUCCUGCUGCGUUGCCACUUGCCUGCAGGGAAACGAGCGGUGUCCGGCGAGCGGCGGCUCUGCCCCGAGCGCCUUCCCGCCACGCUGCGCUUUCUGCCAGCGGGGCAGGGCCCUUCCUCACCCUGCCGCCUGCCGCAGGCCUUCACCAGCGGCCUGCGGCGCUACCUGCAGCACUACCGCGCCUGCGUCCUCUCCACGCCGCCCACGCUGAGCCUGCUCGCCCUCAGCUUCCUGUUCAAGAGGCUGGGCCGGCAGCUCAGGUGA